CGCUCGCAAGCAGCCAUCGACAAGGUGGCUGCUACUUUACGACGUAUUUAUGUCUCGUUUUUUCGUUGUUCCACGAGACAAGUUAGUGUAACUGUUAAAACGUUACGUGAUUGUUAUCACGAUUGACCCUGCGUAUAGAGGUUCGAUGUCACGUUGAUUAUAUCGGAGCACACAGACGACGCAUCAUCUGUCUCCGACACACACACUGACUGGACUUUGGGGCAACAAUAGGCUGGAUGCAGUUAACCUCUCUACGUUUUUCAUAACAUUCGUAGCAAUCAAUCGCAUUUUUUGUUUACACGCUUCAGUAUCGACGCUAAGCAGGUGCAUUAACAAAUAUUUGUUUCUCCGUGCAGUUAAUUCUACGUUUUUACUUGUCACCUUCCGUUUUGAAUACGCUGAAUCAAGAUGAAGAAAAAGGUUCUUUUGAUGGGCAAGAGUGGCUCAGGCAAAACUAGCAUGAGAAGCAUUAUCUUUGCUAAUUACAUUGCUAGAGAUACUCGAAGGCUGGGUGCAACAAUUGAUGUCGAGCACAGUCAUGUACGUUUUCUGGGAAAUUUGGUCCUGAACUUGUGGGAUUGCGGUGGACAAGAGGCAUUUAUGGAGAACUACUUUGCAUCGCAGCGUGACAAUAUUUUCAGAAAUGUGGAAGUGCUUAUCUAUGUGUUUGACGUUGAAUCAAGAGAACUCGACAAAGAUAUGCACUACUAUCAAAGUUGUCUCGAAGCCAUAUUGCAAAAUAGUCCUGAAGCCAAAGUAUUUUGUCUCAUCCAUAAAAUGGAUCUUGUUCAAGAGGAUCAAAGAGAUGCAAUAUUUAGAGAGCGCGAGGAAGAUUUAAAAAGAUUAAGUUUGCCACUACAGUGUACAUGUUUUAGAACAAGUAUAUGGGAUGAAACAUUGUAUAGGGCAUGGUCUUCCAUAGUUUACAUGCUUAUUCCAAAUGUGAAAGAGUUGGAACAAAGUUUGAAUCAAUUUGCUAAUAUAAUUGAUGCAGAUGAAGUGCUUUUGUUUGAACGAGCUACAUUCCUUGUUAUAAGUCACUGUCAGAGGAGGUACCAUAGAGAUGUACACCGAUUUGAAAAAGUAUCUAAUAUUAUUAAACAAUUUAAAUUAAGUUGCAGUAAACUUGCUGCUCAAUUUUCAAGCAUGGAAGUUAGAAACACAAAUUUUGCAGCCUUCAUUGAUGUAUUCACAUCUAAUACCUAUGUUAUGGUCGUUGUAUCUGACCCUGCUAUUCCCUCUGCAGCAACAUUAAUCAACAUAAGAAAUGCGCGCAAGCAUUUUGAAAAAUUAGAGCGUGCGAGUCAGAGUUCAUCGCUAAGCAGAUAGAAAACAGUAUCAAGUUAGAUGAUAAAAUCAUCAUUCAUAAAUUAUAUUUGUUUUUCGAAAGGUGUAUUUUUGUAUAUUGUCCAUAACUAAAUGGAAGCUUUCAAAAAGACGCCCAAGUGGAGAGUUUCAACUGUGACAACACAUACAGGGAAGACUGCACUUGAUUUUAUAAGCCAAAACUCAAAUUGUGUUAUGAACGUAUACAUAUAAUGUAAAAUGCUAUAUAAUGUUGAGCAUGACUUUUAUCGAAUUAGAUUCUUUUUUUUUUGCAAUUGACUUUUUUGUUUUACGUUGAGAUGAUCAAUUUUAUAUAAAAAGAAAACAGUGAUUUUAUUUAUGAAAU